AUGGCUUUUCAUUCUGUAUUUCUUGUUUUCUUAGCUGGCCUGGCAUUUUUCUCUGAAGCUGCACCACAGGACUCUGCUGACUCAAAGCAUCCUCUUUUUAUAAAAAUUCUGGAUUCAGUCCGAGGAAGUCCAGCUCCAAAUGUUCCAGUUAAGUUAUAUAAAGAAGCUGCAGAUGGAUCUUGGGAACUGUUAAAUUCCAAACAAACCAAUAACAACGGAGAGCUCCACGAGCUCACAACGAAAGAACAAUUUGUAACAGGGCUAUACAAGAUUGAGCUUGACACGGCCUCUUAUUGGAAGAGAUUGGGCUUGAAUCCCUUCCACCACCUUGCUGAUGUGGUGUUCACAGCUAAUGAUGCUGGUUAUCGACAUUACUCCAUUGCUAUUCUCCUCAGUCCCUUUUCUUACUCAACUACAGCAGUAGUCAGUGAGCCACUGGAAUAG